UAAGACCCGCCAUACCAAUCAUGACCUGGGUAAAGGAGGAAUCGGUGAGCCCAGCAAUCUUCUAUAGUUAAAUGGAAAUGGUAUAUUGCUGAAAGAGCUAGAGCAGGACCUCAAGGGGUCAGUGCCUUACAAGAACAGGUCCUGACUGUAACUCCUACAGGGGCAGAGGUGCAAGAAGGCUCAGUGAUGGAACUCAAGAAGUCCCUGGUGCAAGAAGUGCCCCCUUAUGAGCAGCGUGAAUGCAUCUCUGUCCAUGUUGGGCAAGCUGGAGUUCAGAUCGGCAAUGCAUGCUGGGAACUUUUCUGCCUGGAACAUGGCAUCCUGCCAGAUGGUACUUUUCAGAAUCAGCCCAACAAAUAUGAAGACGAUGACUCCUUCACUACGUUCUUCAGCGAGACACGCACAGGGAAACAUGUGCCACGGGCUGUCAUGGUCGAUCUCGAACCCACCGUCGUAGAUGAAGUGCGGGCUGGAGCUUACCGCCAGCUGUUCCACCCAGAACAGCUGAUUGCUGGCAAGGAAGAUGCAGCUAACAACUAUGCCCGUGGCCACUACACCAUUGGCAAAGAGAGCAUUGACCUGGUACUCGAUCGUAUUCGCAAGCUGACUGACGCCUGCUCUGGGCUCCAAGGAUUCCUGAUUUUCCACAGCUUUGGCGGGGGCACAGGCUCUGGCUUUACCUCCUUGCUGAUGGAACGCCUGUCCGUGGACUACGGCAAGAAAUCUAAGCUGGAGUUUGCCAUCUAUCCAGCCCCCCAGGUUUCCACAGCUGUGGUGGAGCCAUAUAAUUCUAUCCUCACCACCCACACCACCUUGGAGCAUUCUGACUGUGCCUUCAUGGUGGACAACGAGGCCAUCUACGACAUCUGCCGCCGGAACCUGGACAUUGAGCGCCCCACGUACACCAACCUGAACCGUCUCAUCAGCCAGAUCGUCUCCUCCAUCACCGCUUCCCUUCGCUUUGACGGUGCUCUCAACGUGGACCUGACUGAGUUCCAGACCAACCUGGUGCCCUACCCUCGCAUCCACUUCCCGCUGGUGACCUAUGCACCCAUCAUCUCCUCUGAGAGGGCCUACCACGAGCAGCUCUCUGUGGCCGAAAUCACCAGCUCUUGCUUCGAGCCCAACAACCAGAUGGUGAAAUGUGACCCCCGCCACGGGAAGUACAUGGCCUGCUGCAUGCUGUACCGUGGCGAUGUGGUGCCCAAAGACGUCAAUGUUGCGAUCGCUGCUAUCAAGACCAAGAGAACAAUCCAGUUUGUGGACUGGUGUCCCACUGGCUUCAAGGUUGGCAUCAAUUACCAGCCCCCCACCGUAGUCCCUGGGGGCGACCUUGCUCAAGUGCAGCGUGCCGUUUGCAUGCUCAGCAACACCACAGCCAUUGCCGAGGCCUGGGCCAGGCUGGACCACAAAUUUGAUCUGAUGUACGCCAAGCGAGCUUUUGUGCACUGGUAUGUUGGAGAAGGCAUGGAGGAAGGAGAGUUUGCCGAGGCCCGUGAAGAUUUAGCUGCCCUGGAGAAAGACUACGAGGAAGUCGGAACGGACUCCUUUGAGGAAGAAAAUGACGGGGAAGAAUUUUAAGAUCCAGUUUGUCCCUGACUGUACCUGAAGCUGUUGGCAGAUCUUCAUUGUAUUGGGGUGCAGUUCACCAAACUCUUUGCUGUGCAACUUUUGCUGAUUUUAUGGGGGUUGCAUAGGGCUCCUCUUGAAAUUAAUGGAAGAUGUGCAAUAGAAGGGCUUGUUGUAUUACACCCUGGGUCCACUCUUGCAGUGUAAGUAAAAAAGAUCGGCAAUCUGAGAAACAA